GCGCAUGCGCGGGCGUCCUGCGAGCCCGCUGAGGCGAGCCGAAUCGCGGCGGCGCCGGGAGCCGAGCAGCGGAGCUGUGAGGAACGAGCGGUGGCGUGAGAACGCCAGGGACUGACAGGUGGCAAACCCUCGCCCGCGCUGAUCGGGUUUGCUGGGGCGCCCGCGGAACCUGGCGGUCCGGGCGUGGCGGCGGUCGCAUCCCGGACGGCCUGUGAGGGAUGCGCCGCCCACUGCCCUGCGCCGCCUGACCGCCCCCGCCUCGCCUAGCGGUGCGCCACAGCCGGGCCCGCGGCCGUCCCCGCCGCGCUGUCGCCCGGCCGCCGCCGCGCCCGCGGGGUCGCGCCCGGCCCGGCCAUGUGGACCCCCACGGAGGAAGAGAAAUACGGCGUAGUGAUAUGCAGCUUUCGAGGAUCUGUCCCUCAAGGAUUGGUCUUAGAAAUAGGAGAAACAGUCCAGAUUCUUGAAAAAUGUGAAGGUUGGUAUAGAGGAGUUUCAACAAAGAAGCCAAAUGUAAAGGGGAUCUUUCCUGCAAAUUACAUUCAUUUGAAAAAAGCAAUUGUCAGUAAUAGGGGGCAGUAUGAAACUGUGGUUCCACUUGAAGAUUCUAUUGUGACUGAAGUUACAGCAACUCUGCAAGAAUGGGCCAGUCUGUGGAAACAACUCUAUGUGAAACAUAAAGUAGAUCUUUUCUACAAGCUACGCCAUGUGAUGAAUGAACUUAUUGACCUUCGAAGGCAGCUCCUGUCUGGUCACCUGACUCAGGAUCAGGUGCGGGAGGUUAAGCGGCACAUCACCGUGCGCCUGGACUGGGGCAAUGAGCAUUUGGGCCUGGACCUGGUGCCUCGAAAGGACUUUGAAGUAGUGGAUGCGGACCAGAUUAGUGUCUCAGAUCUCUAUAAAAUGCAUUUAUCUAGCCGGCAGAGUGUACAACAAAGCACAUCUCAGGUAGAUACAAUGCGCCCACGACAUGGGGAAACCUGUCGGAUACCAGUGCCACAUCACUUCUUUCUCAGUCUGAAGAGUUUCACCUACAAUACCAUUGGGGAAGAUACCGAUGUCUUCUUUUCCUUAUAUGAUAUGAGAGAAGGCAAGCAGAUCAGUGAGCGGUUUCUGGUGAGACUGAACAAGAAUGGUGGGCCAAGGAACCCAGAGAAGAUAGAACGAAUGUGUGCCCUUUUUACAGAUCUGAGCAGCAAAGAUAUGAAGAGAGAUUUAUAUAUAGUUGCCCAUGUGAUACGAAUAGGCCGGAUGCUCCUGAAUGACUCAAAGAAGGGCCCUGCUCAUCUGCAUUAUCGGCGGCCGUAUGGCUGUGCAGUCCUAAGCAUCCUGGAUGUCCUGCAGUCGCUCACAGAAUUAAAGGAAGAGAAGGAUUUCGUUCUUAAGGUUUACACGUGCAACAACGAGAGUGAGUGGUCCCAGAUCCACGAGAAUAUCAUCCGCAAGUCCAGCGCCAAGUACUCUGCCCCCAGCACCAGUCAUGGUCUUAUCAUUUCUCUGCAGCUUCUUCGUGGAGACAUGGAACAGAUUAGGAGAGAAAAUCCUAUGAUAUUUAAUAGGGGAUUGGCAAUUACAAGAAAAUUGGGAUUUCCUGAUGUCAUCAUGCCAGGUGAUAUCCGCAAUGACCUGUACCUAACCCUGGAGAAGGGGGACUUUGAGAGAGGGGGAAAGAGUGUACAGAAGAAUAUUGAAGUGACCAUGUAUGUGCUUUAUGCAGAUGGCGAAAUCUUGAAGGAUUGCAUCAGCUUGGGUUCAGGAGAGCCGAAUAGGAGUUCGUACCACUCCUUCGUCCUCUACCACAGUAAUAGUCCUCGCUGGGGAGAAAUUAUCAAAUUGCCCAUCCCCAUUGAUCGGUUCCGGGGCUCCCACCUGCGCUUCGAGUUCAGACACUGUUCCACAAAGGACAAAGGGGAAAAGAAACUCUUUGGCUUUGCAUUCUCACCCCUGAUGCGGGAUGACGGCACCACCCUCUCAGAUGAUAUCCACGAGCUCUAUGUGUACAAGUGUGAUGAGAAUAGCACGUUUAACAACCAUGCUCUGUACUUGGGCCUGCCCUGCUGCAAAGAGGACUAUAACGGCUGCCCUAACAUCCCCUCCAGCCUCAUCUUCCAACGCAGCACCAAAGAGUCUUUCUUCAUUUCCACACAGCUCUCCUCCACCAAACUCACCCAGAAUGUGGACCUCCUUGCUCUGCUGAAAUGGAAGGCCUUUCCAGACCGGAUCAUGGACAUCCUAGGGCGUCUGCGGCAUGUCAGUGGGGAGGAAAUUGUUAAGUUUCUACAGGACAUCUUAGAUACGCUGUUUGUGAUUUUGGAUGAUAAUACAGAGAAAUAUGGCCUGUUGGUGUUUCAGUCUUUGGUAUUCAUCAUCAACCUGCUCCGAGACAUCAAAUAUUUCCAUUUCCGACCUGUAAUGGACACAUACAUCCAGAAGCACUUUGCUGGAGCCCUGGCAUACAAGGAGCUAAUCCGCUGUUUGAAGUGGUACAUGGACUGCUCAGCAGAACUGAUUCGGCAGGAUCACAUUCAGGAAGCCAUGAGGGCCUUGGAGUACCUUUUCAAGUUUAUUGUGCAGUCAAGGAUCCUCUACUCACGUGCCACCUGUGGGAUGGAAGAGGAGCAAUUCCGGUCCAGCAUCCAAGAACUUUUCCAGUCCAUCCGGUUUGUGCUCAGUUUGGACAGCAGAAACUCAGAAACACUCCUUUUCACUCAGGCUGCACUUCUCAAUUCCUUCCCAACGAUCUUUGAUGAGCUGCUGCAAAUGUUCACUGUGCAGGAGGUAGCAGAGUUUGUGAGAGGGACUCUGGGGAGCAUGCCCAGCACUGUGCACAUUGGGCAGUCAAUGGAUGUGGUCAAGCUGCAGUCCAUUGCCAGAACUGUGGAUAGCCGCCUAUUUUCUUUCUCAGAAUCCCGUCGCAUCCUGCUUCCUGUGGUUCUCCAUCACAUUCACCUUCACCUGAGGCAGCAGAAAGAGCUGCUAAUCUGCUCAGGGAUUCUUGGCAGCAUCUUCUCCAUCGUCAAGACCAGCUCUCUGGAGGCAGAUGUCAUGGAGGAGGUAGAAAUGAUGGUGGAGAGCCUCUUGGACGUGCUCUUACAGACUCUGCUCACCAUCAUGAGCAAAUCGCACGCUCAGGAGGCGGUAAGAGGGCAGCGGUGCCCGCAGUGCACAGCGGAGAUCACUGGCGAGUAUGUGUCCUGCCUUCUCUCAUUGCUCCGCCAGAUGUGUGACACCCAUUACCAGCACCUCCUGGACAACUUCCAGAGCAAAGAUGAGCUCAAGGAAUUUCUGCUGAAGAUUUUCUGUGUGUUCCGGAACCUGAUGAAGAUGAGUGUCUUUCCUCGGGACUGGAUGGUGAUGAGACUUCUCACAAGCAAUAUUAUAGUCACUACAGUCCAGUACCUGUCUUCUGCACUGCACAAGAAUUUCACAGAGACAGACUUCGACUUUAAGGUGUGGAAUUCUUAUUUUAGCCUGGCAGUUCUGUUCAUAAAUCAGCCAAGCCUUCAACUAGAAAUCAUUACUUCCACCAAGAGGAAGAAGAUUCUAGAUAAGUAUGGGGACAUGCGUGUGAUGAUGGCUUAUGAACUGUUCAGCAUGUGGCAGAAUUUGGGUGAACAUAAGAUCCACUUUAUUCCGGGAAUGAUUGGUCCUUUUCUGGGUGUGACACUGGUCCCACAGCCAGAAGUGCGGAAUAUCAUGAUUCCCAUCUUUCAUGACAUGAUGGACUGGGAACAAAGGAAAAAUGGCAACUUCAAACAGGUGGAGGCCGAGCUGAUUGACAAGCUGGACAGCAUGGUGUCAGAAGGGAAAGGCGAUGAGAGCUACAGGGAGCUCUUCGGCCUGCUAACCCAGCUGUUUGGGCCCUACCCCAGCCUGCUGGAGAAAGUUGAACAGGAAACAUGGCGCGAGACCGGCAUUUCCUUUGUAACCUCGGUCACCCGCCUCAUGGAACGCCUUCUUGACUACAGGGAUUGCAUGAAAGGAGAGGAGACAGAGAAUAAGAAGAUCGGCUGCACUGUUAACCUGAUGAACUUUUACAAAUCUGAGAUUAACAAAGAAGAGAUGUAUAUCCGCUAUAUCCAUAAGCUUUGUGACAUGCAUUUGCAGGCCGAAAACUACACAGAAGCUGCGUUCACUCUGCUCCUCUACUGUGAGCUGCUACAGUGGGAGGAAAGGCCACUGCGGGAAUUCCUCCAUUACCCAUCCCAGACAGAGUGGCAGCGGAAAGAGGGACUGUGCCGCAAGAUCAUCCACUACUUCAACAAAGGCAAGAGUUGGGAGUUUGGGAUCCCACUGUGCAGGGAGCUGGCGUGUCAGUAUGAGAGCCUCUACGAUUAUCAGAGCCUCAGCUGGAUUCGGAAAAUGGAGGCCAGCUACUAUGACAACAUCACGGAGCAGCAACGCCUGGAGCCUGAGUUCUUUCGGGUCGGCUUCUAUGGCAGGAAGUUUCCUUUUUUCCUUCGGAACAAAGAAUAUGUGUGCCGUGGCCACGACUACGAGAGGCUGGAGGCCUUCCAGCAGAGGAUGCUCAGUGAGUUCCCACAGGCUGUCGCCAUGCAGCACCCCAACCACCCUGAUGACACCAUCCUGCAGUGUGAUGCCCAGUACUUGCAGAUCUAUGCAGUGACGCCCAUUCCAGAUUAUGUGGACGUCCUGCAGAUGGACAGGGUCCCAGAUCGCGUCAAGAGCUUCUACCGCGUCAACAAUGUGAGGAAGUUCCGGUACGACAGGCCUUUUCACAAAGGCCCCAAGGACAAGGAGAAUGAAUUCAAGAGCCUGUGGAUCGAGCGCACCACGCUGACCCUGACCCACAGCUUGCCUGGCAUCUCUCGGUGGUUCGAAGUGGAGAGGAGGGAGCUGGUGGAGGUGAGCCCCCUGGAGAAUGCCAUCCAAGUGGUUGAGAAUAAGAACCAGGAGCUGCGGGCCCUGAUCAGCCAGUAUCAGCACAAGCAGGUGCAUGGCAACAUCAACCUGCUCAGCAUGUGCCUGAAUGGCGUCAUUGACGCCGCUGUCAACGGAGGCAUUGCACGCUACCAAGAGGCCUUCUUUGAUAAAGAUUACAUCACCAAGCACCCAGGAGAUGCUGAGAAGAUCACUCAGCUCAAGGAACUCAUGCAAGAGCAGGUUCAUGUUCUUGGAGUCGGGCUGGCAGUUCAUGAGAAGUUCGUGCACCCAGAAAUGCGCCCUCUGCAUAAGAAGCUGAUUGAUCAGUUCCAGAUGAUGCGGGCCAGUCUCUACCAUGAGUUUCCGGGUUUGGACAAGCUAAGUCCUGCAUGUUCAGGCACCAGCACCCCACGGGGAAAUGUCCUAGCAUCCCAUAGCCCCAUGAGCCCAGAGAACAUCAAGAUGACCCACCGGCACAGCCCCAUGAACUUGAUGGGGACCGGCCGCCAUUCAUCAUCCUCUCUCUCCUCACACACAUCUAGCGAAGCUGGAAACGUGGUGAUGUUGGGUGACAGCUCCAUGGGCGAGGCUCCUGAGGACCUGUACCAUCACAUGCAGCUCGCGUAUCCCAACCCCAGGUACCAGGGCUCAGUCACCAACGUCUCUGUUCUGUCCUCGUCCCAGGCAAGCCCUUCUUCCUCCAGCCUGAGUUCCACUCACUCAGCACCAUCCCAGAUGAUUACCUCUGCCCCUUCCAGUGCCCGAGCACGCAAACCUGAAAGGCCCACAGUAGCAGUGAUGGAGAGAGAGAUGCAGUGGCCAACUGGGAAAAGCCUCAGCAGACAGCAGAAGGGGGGUAAGGCUGCAACAGGCAGAGUUACAGACUUUCACCUGAAGCAUCCAGCCCAACCCCUCAUUCCCUGUGGAGGAAACAGGUCCAGUGAGAGGGGCUUAAGGCCAUCCAACCAGUUUGUGGCCAAGUUGAUUUUGGAGUUUGAGUCUUUACACUUGCCAGCCAUCAGUCUGAUGCCCAUUCCACUUCCAUGAUUGCCUCCCUAACAUGGACCAAGGCACUCAAAAAAGGGGAGCCAGCAUUUGGAAGCAGGUAUUUCUAGUGUUAAAGAAGAAAAAUGAUCCAACAAAUGGGUGCAUGUUGAAGAUUUGUCAGUAUGUGAGGGCUGCAAACAUAGAGAAGCAACAGUGAUUUGUGCUAUAAAGAAGGUAUGUCAAAAGAUGGUUUGGAGAAUAAAAAGGAAGGAAACCCUGAUAAGUCAGCCAUGACUUCUGUAGUGGAGGUUAGCAUUUGCAGUGUCUUAAGGUAAUGCUCCUGAAUAGAGCUGCAGAAACAGAUUUUGUAAUCUAAUCUGUUGUGUGGGUUUUUUCCUAACCUGAACACUCUCUAAGAUAUACUCAGCCAUAUCUAAGUCUGUAGCUGGGUAUUCUUGCUGAAUUCAGAUCUCUGAACCAUGAUUAUCGAUAAAAACAGAGGCAGCAAAGGAUGGACAUUUUAACUCACUUCACUCUGACAUUGCUCAGACACUUCCCCUAGGCAGUGCCUGGUACUCGGUGCCCUAAAGAGGACAAAGACGCCAUCAGGGACCUCACAGUCUUUCUGGUACCACGUUUGUCCUUCCAGCUAACGAUAUACUAAUCUAUUCCCUCAUCAAGCUUUUACGAGUGCUCAGUAAGAAGUCUGCGUUGCUCUUACACCCUCAGAGUUGAAUAGAGAGAAGUUAUGUUCUCCCUGUUUGGAAGUGAUCUCUUUUUAUUUCAAAUGGCUUGGUUAUCAAUUGCUGCAUAAUAAACCACCCACCGAAACUUAGCGGCUUAAAACCACAAUUUAUUAUCAUCUUGCGUGAUUCUGUGGGUUAACAGGGCUCACUGAGCAAUUCUCAGUUUGCAGUCUCUCAUGAGCUUGCAGUCAGAUGUCACUGGGGGCUGGAAUCAUCUCAAGACUCAACUAGGCUGGACAUCCAAGAUGCCUCGCUCACGUGGCUGGCAGGUGAUAGUACCUGUCAGCCGGGAGCUCAGCUGGGGCUGUCAACCUGAGUUCCUACGUAUGACCUCUCUCUGUAGCUUGAGCUUCUCACAGCAUGCAACCGAUUUUCCCCAGAGCAAGCAUUCCAAGACACCCAGGCAAAAGCUGCAAGACUUCUUAUUACCCAGCCUUGGAAGUCCCAGAACAUCCCUUUUGCCACAUUCUGUUGGUUAAUCAAGUCACUAAGGCCAACCCAAAUACCAGGGUGUGGAAUAAGACUGCACCUCAUGAUGUGAGGAGUGGCAUGUGCGUUUUGGGAGGGAAGGCAUUGAUGGUCGCCAUCUCUGGAGGUAAGCUAUCAUGAUGGUCAAACUCUAGAGUAUCAUAUAAUGAAAGGCUGAUAGGAGCUCCCUCCUUUUCUGGAGUAGAUAUGAAGUAUAAAAGUGAACAAAAUGGUUAAAUAGAACUGGGCCCAAAGCGGGGAAUCGUGAUAAGAGCAGAGGCUAUUAAGAAAGAGCAGGAAGUCACUUCUAGGCUACAACAUCCAUGCAAUCCAUGUGUAGGCCCAUCUGGAGAAAACCAUGGGCCCAGCAUGUGUCAGGCCCACAUGUGAGAGAAGAUACAGACUGUGACCUGGUGUCAUACAGGAAGACUGAUAUUUUUAGAUAAAUGUGGGAGGUGAAGUAGUAGAUGCACUGGGGUCACCAAAGAAACAGAAUGGCCCACUCUGGGGUUUGUGUCUGAUGUUACAGAUGAGGGGAAGGCUUUCAUGGAGAGUGUUCUGGAGACUCCUUUGCAUUGGAGUCACUUUCCCCACUCCCAGGAGUGGUCAUGUCACCAAUAGCCUUCCUUGCCGUGCCCAUUGACACUCUGCUGUGGUUCUUGUUGCUUUGGAAACCUUCAAGUUGAAUGGCCUGCAAGGCAUAGUCUAAACUCUUUACGUCCGCAGCGCCCCCUGGUGGUCAAAAGGCUGAGUGGGGCUAGGAAACAUGGAGAUUUUGAUUGAUCCUCCUUGAAUAACUCAGUCAUGCUGGGACUUAGCCCCCCUGGGGUUUACCAAACUACAACUGAAGUAGUUCAAAAGUCCUGUGACACAAAAGCCCUUGUGGUGUUUAAAUGUUUUCAUGAAAAGUAGCCAUCACUCUCUCCUACAAUGGUAUUGGCUGCCCAGGGAAGACAACAGUGGGCAGGAAGUAAGAUGAAAGAGUUAGAAAAUCUCGUGGUAGCACAGAGCACUCUUUUGUUUUCGCACCAGAGAGGCCUCCAUAACAUGGAUACAAAUCCUCAGCAUAGCCCCUGGGGCCUGCAGGCUGCUGUCCCUCCAUCCUAGCCCUGCAACAUGUAUCAGGAUAUUGAGUGUGCAGAUCUGGGGUUGGCCUGGUGAGCCAGACUGUGAGCUCCAUGAGGUGAGGGACCAUGGCCAAGCUGAGCAAGGCGGUACACCAUGUUCCAACCACAUGCCUGGUGCGGGAUGGGUAUUAGAUAUGAGUUUGAUGUAACUGAGUUGGUAUAAAGGGGCUAUGUCUCUGUGCACACCAAGCUGGGGGUACCCCUGUCCAGAGGUGUGGCCAGCAGGACCCAGGGAGCAUUCAGAGUUUCUUGCUGGAAAGGCACUAUAGAAACCAGUGGGAUUAGGAGCCCUUUUCCUUUUUUCUUUACACAGCCAUCUUUUUGAGGUUGCCUCAGAGCAUAAGUUCUAAAAGGAAAUAUUGAUGUAAGUGAAAAAAUCACCAAAUAGUAGCAAUUCAGGCCUAGUUUUUUAAAAAAGCAUACUUUACUCAUUCCCUUAUCAGUGAAGGAUAUUUUUAAAACUAGGUCUUAGAGCCAGCCCUAAGGUUCUAUAAACAGUAUCGCUCAGACCAGCUGUGGAAGAAGUUUACUUAAAUAAUAAUUGCCUUACUUGUUUUUAAUAUACUGACUUCUUCAACAUAUUUAAGCCUCAUCUCCUUGGACUAAAAUGAGUACAAGAGGCAUAUCUCAAGAACGCCUGGCUGCAGAAGACCUUUUUUAGUUGUACCCUGACAGUGCUUGGACGGCACACUCACAGGAAGGUUCAGAGACCCUGUUUUUCAGGGACACACAGCCUCCUGAGCUGCAGGUUCACCUCUCAGAUGGAGCCUCACUAAGAAAACACCACGGAGAGGGGUUUCAACCACUUGAAUCAGCCAGAGGCUGCCGAGCUGCCAGUGGGCAAGUAGGGGGCACUGGGAUCCAGGUGACCCUCCCACUAGUUUGACAUGGAUGUGCUGGUGUUUGGCACAAUGAGUGAUACACGUUUGGAGGGCCUUCUAAAUUAUAUCUUCCCAAGGGAAGCCUGCAAGUUUAUUCUCACUACUUCUGUGGAAGGUCCCCUUGAGGACCAUUGGUUGACAGGUUCCUGGGCCCAUAGCUGUGGCCUGCAUCAAUGGGGACUAAGCCACACCACAUCUGGUCUCCAUAACAGCCCCUCAGGCCAGAGGAGGUCUCACAAGAGAAGGGCAAGAACCAAGUGAACUCAAGAGCCUGGGUUAAAGACCCACAUAGCUCCAUGACUCCCGAGCUCACUGAAGGGCAAGUCUUAGAAACCCUGGAGAGCCCCCUGUGUGCAGGGCCCUGGGCCCCCAGCCAGUCUGGCUGGGUCUGCAGUAGGAUGGCCAGGAAGGCAGAGGCCAGGCACUGGAGGCUUGGAAUCUGGGAAAAGGUGGUAGGGAGCCAUCUGGGAACAGGGCCAGUGGUGUCUGGAGAAGGUAAGUGUGUAGAAACAGUGUGUCAAGUAAGAACUGUGCUGCUGUGUUAUCUGAGUGUGUCUGUUUCUGUGUGAUGGCUCCAUUGCAAGCUGGCCUGGGCCCAUUCCUGGGCCCCCUGAGAGAGCUCAGCAUCCAGGCCACACCCAUCUCCCAAGAGUGCUGGAUGCAGAGGGCCCCUAGGGCCCCAGCUCCAGUCCCCAGCUCUCCUCAUGAUCUGCCUCUGAGCAUGGUGAGGGCGCUGUCGGGAGUCUGCAUUGCCCCAGGUUGUAGUAUGUGUGCCUUGGCUGGGAUGCCAGGUGCAGCCCCCGCCACCAUCUAACCACCAGGCUCUGCUUCAUUCCUCCUGUGCUUGCUGAGUUCAUCCUCACCCCAACGGCAAGGGGACACCACCCUGGUUCCUUGGCCCCAAGGAUGCCUGCCCUCUGGGCCCUCCAUCUGUGGCUUGUCAUCUGUGCGUGAUUGUUCUCACUUGGUUACAGGCUCUCCCUCUCUGCCAGAUAAGUACCGCCAUGCCCGGGA